UAAAACUCAAUAAUAACCACAGUGCUGAAACGAAUUAAUGCCAUUUCAAUGUAAUUAUGUGAGAAAAAUUGCUUCGAGAUGCGAGCGGGGUUACGAAACAUAAAUAAAGCCGUAGUCGAAAUCGCGAUGUUUCGAAGUCGCAGUUGGUUUGGAGGUAACUGGGGCCGCCCUAGAAAUCCGCAUUCGUUAGACCACUUGAAAUAUCUUUAUAGUGUUAUGUCCAAAAAUCCAAGUAUUACGGAACACAAUAGAGGCCUAUUAGUUGAAUCAUUGCGUUGUAUAGCGGAAAUUCUUAUUUGGGGUGAUCAAAAUGAUUCAACAGUGUUUGAUUUCUUUCUUGAAAAGAAUAUGCUCUCAUUUUUUCUGCGAAUAAUGCGACAGAAAAGUGGAGGAUCGAGCUUUGUUUGUGUCCAAUUAUUACAGACCUUAAAUAUUUUAUUUGAGAACAUUAGGAACGAAACUUCUCUAUAUUAUCUCCUAAGCAAUAAUCAUGUUAAUUAUAUAAUUGUACAUAAAUUUGAUUUUUCUGAUGAAGAAGUUAUGGCGUAUUACAUUUCAUUUUUAAAAACAUUGAGCUUGAAGUUAAAUGGACAUACCAUACAUUUUUUUUAUAAUGAGCACACCAAUGAUUUUCCUCUGUACACAGAAGCAAUAAAGUUUUUUAAUCAUCCAGAAUCAAUGGUCAGAAUAGCUGUGAGAACAUUAACAUUAAAUGUGUACAGAGUUGAUGAUUCUAGUAUGUUGACUUUUAUUAGAGAUAAGACUGCUGCCCCAUACUUCAGUAAUUUAGUGUGGUUUAUCGGUAAACAUAUCUUAGAGCUUGAUUCAUGCGUCCGUAAUGAUUCAGAUCAUCUGUCACAGAACCGAUUAGCAGACUUAGUGGCUGAACAUUUGGAUCAUUUACAUUACCUGAAUGAUAUCUUAUGCCUGGAUAUAUCAGAUUUAAAUGCAGUAUUGACAGAGCAUCUAUUACAUAAGCUUUUCGUGCCUUUAUAUAUUUAUUCACUGACACCCCCACCGAGCAUGUCCAUGUUGAAUGCUACACAAAAUCUAGCUGAAGUAUUAAAUAAGUCUUUGGAAUUUGAAAGUGGCAAUAACAAACGGGUUUCGUGUAUUGUUGCAUUAUUUCUUUUGUCUCAAGUGUUCUUGAUAAUUACACAUGGGCCUUUAGUACAUUCAUUGGCAUGGGUUAUUUUAAACACUGACCAUAGAGUUUUUAAAAAUGGAGCUUCUGAGGUAUUGAAAAGUUACAUGAAUAAGCAAGGCGUGUUGAAGCUGUGUUUUCAGCAACCAGCAGAAGAUAUUAACAAAGAUCAAAGGGAAGUAAAUGAUGAAACUGUUCCAGAAGCUAGUAUAUCUCAGAAUGAUUCAAGUAAGGCAAACACAGCUUCGAGUAUGGAUGAGACACCAGAAGGCUCAACUACUUCGAUUGAUGUCUCAGAAAACUUAAGUAAUGCAGAUAAUUGUCAAAACCCUAAUAUUACUGAUGAAGAAAAACAACAAAGACUUUCUAUAACUAAUUCUCCUGUAGAGGCUUCCACAACAAAUGAUGAUGUGGGUUCCAGGCCUUUUCUUGAAACUAUUAUGGCGGCUUUGGAUUGUUCUGAAAAUGAUUAUAUGGCCUUGUUUGCUUUGUGCCUGCUGUAUGCUCUGUUAAAUAAUAAAGGUCUAAACUCUGAAUUAUUAGAUAUUGUAUUAUGUCCUUCUCGCAUCAGUGGCCCGGUGAGGUAUCAUGGAAAUCUCAUGGAGAAACUUGUAACGAUUGUUAAUUUAUCAUGUCAGCCAGCUUGUCGGGUUAGGCUUGUGACACUAGAACUAAGUUUACGACUGUUAAUAUUAUUAGUAAAAGAAACUCCUGAUAGUAUAAAUGGUUUGCUUGGAGCUUUGCAAGGUGCUAGAUCUCAAAGUACUGCUUUGCUUAGAAAUUUCUAUAGAACUGAAGAAAUAUUUUUGGACAUGUUUGAACAUGAAUAUGCAGAAAUGUGUAAGAGACCAUUAAAUGUUGAAUGGCUAUGUAUGGACAGCGCAGUUCUACUUCCUCCAACGGGUACACCUUUAACUGGAAUAGCAUUAGAUAAAAGACUACCUUGUGGAGAGGUAGAGAGGGCACGUAGAGCUAUAAGAGUUUACUUCCUAGUUAGAUCAACUAUACAAAAAUUAAAAGGACACACUGAAACCCAAUUGCCAUUAUCUAAUGUCAGUGAUUGUGUGCAAGUUGAAGCUGUAUUAGAUUUGAAUAACAGUGAUCUCAUAGCAUGUACCGUGGUUAGCCGAGAUGGAUCUAAAGUUCGUAGAUUUUUAGUGAUAGACAUUAUGCAGCUAAUAUUAGUAGAACCUGAUACCAAGCGAUUAGGAUUUGGCAUAGCAAAGCUAGUUGGAUUUUUGCAAGAUAUUGAGGUGACUGGAGAUAAAGAAGAUCCUCGAUGUCUUCAUAUAACAAUCCACCGUCCAAACAGCAGCAUAGGAAUAAACAGAGUGCCUUUGCUGUCUGCUAAAUUUAUUUUUGAUGAUCACAUACGAAGCAUGGCUGCUAAACAAAAAUUGACAAAGGGUCGUAUUAAAGCAAGAGCCAAGAAAAUGCAGCUAAUAGCACAGCUUUUAGAAAUUCCUGGUCAAAAUUCUACUCCAAACUCAAACAUUCUUUCACCUCAUGGCAGUACAAGAUUGUCACUUGGUUCAAGAAAUAGCAGAGACCACAGGCCACUUUUUACAACUGCUCAUAGAGUACCUGGCUUUGCAGCAGCAUUGAGACGGGAUAGUCUGCCAGGCAGCGUUAGCAGAAUACAACUAGCUGCAAGGCAAGCACAUUUGAUUUGUGGAGGCAUUACAACUGAUACUGUUUAUUAUGCAAAUGAAGUAUCAGAUGGACCAAAUUGCAACAGCUCAACAGGAACAAACUCGAGAGAAAGUAGUCCUCAAAGAAGUUCACCUAGUAGAGAAGGGUCUAAUUCCCGAGCCCAUUCAAAAAGUCGAACAAAAUCACGUGACAGUAGUCCUAAAAUUCCAAGGCCUAAAUCAGAGGAAAUACCUUUGGAAGAGAUGCGUCUCUCUCAAAAUCCUAGUUCCUCAGCAAGUACUUCUCUUGCUAUCGAAGCAAGACCUCAAACCCCAAAAAUAAUGGAAAAUAUAAAUCAGGUUACAGAAAAUAUCCCAAAAGAUGUUAAAUCUGAAGAAACGUCAUUCAUAGCCAAAAGGAAAGGAAUGGUUGAAACUGUUUGA